CUGAAAUCCUUGUUCAACAAUGAACAAUCUUAAACUUAGAAGCAAAAGAAAACUAUUUAGGGAAAGAUUAGUAAAGUAUUCUUUAUAAAAACACCUUUCCACCAAUAACCAUAUAAAUACUACGUUCCUUUAUUCAUGUCAGUAAAACCUCUUUCAAAGAUUUUUGGUAAUCGUAUUUCAAACUUAAUUUUUUUUAAAUUUCUGUCUUAUAUGCGUCACAAUUGUCAUUCAUGAACAAGAUGUCUAAGCAUAAUUCAGCAAAAAUAAUAGUUCAUAAGUUUGAGGAAGAGACUAAUUUUAAAACUUUAUAUAUUAUUAUUGGUGAUAAAGACAAAGAUCUAACGGAUAUAAAAUUUAGUGUAUGGCAUGAUGGCAAAGCUGAAGUUGAUAAGAAAGAAAAAGAUAAAUCUCGUCUAGUGGUAAAAAUGGUUUCUGAUGAUAAUAUCAGUCUUUUGAAUUUAGAUUCCUGCUUUAAGGUAGUAGACUAUACAGAUAAAUACUUAGACAACAUUCUGAAUAAACAUAAUCAUGUAAAAGAUGAAAUUAAUGUUUCCCCAAGAAGCGAUAAUUUAAGUGAGACCAAUAGUAGUUUAAAUAUGUACAAGAAGUAUUAUGAAGCACUUAAUAGACAACCAAAUUUUAACGUGACACCAAAAGUAUGUAAAAUGCCUCAACUAUACACAAAGCAGUUCAUUUUCGGAAACAAAACUGGUGAUGCAAUAGAUCCACUUGAAUGUUGUUUAGAAAAAGUAAAAAAGAACAAUGCCUUAAUAAUGGAAAACAUUCAUAUGCUAAACAGAACUUUAAAUUAUACUAAAAAGAAAGAAAUAUUAGACAUAAUGAAUCCAAAACCAUUACGGUCAUAUCCCUGCAGUGCAUGCGGAAAGUGUUUUGUUUACGAGACUGGUCUACGUAGACAUUAUUCUGUGAGACAUGCCAAUCUAGAUACGCAACCGCGUUGGCAGUUAGUGUGGACCUGUAAUGAUUGCUUUCAGGUCUGGCCAAAGCAGGAUUUGGCCGUAAGGCAUGCAUACCAGUGCUGUAAAACAAAUAAUAUUGACUUUGUCCAGGAAAUUAAAACCUCGUCAUUGUUACAGUGCGAAUUUUGCGAAAAAGUAUAUACAUGUAUACCCAGAUUACUGAGACAUUCUAAAAUGCACACUGUUACAAAUAAUUACGAAUGUAAUGCUUGUGAUAUCGCAUUUUCUUGUUACAAAACUGCAGAGCAACAUUGGCUGUCAUGUCUGUGGUUGAAAAUGUAUUACCAAUUUACGUUGCCAAAGCUGUUACUAUGCAAUGGUUGUGAUCGCAAAUUUAGAAACUAUGAUCAGCUUUACAAUCACAGGUACAAACUAGGACAUUUUAUACCGAAGACCUCUGAUGAAAAAAAUUGUGCAUACACACCAACUCUUGUCUACCAAUGUGAAGUUUGUGGGCAGUGGUUUAACGCUAUAUCACAACUACAGGUUCAUAGGAGUCAAUACCAUCCACAAUUUGACAAUGGAACUACAUUUAAUAUAGAUACAUCAGAAGUUCCCUAAUAUUCUGAAGAUAAAGGCUUGAUAAAACUGGGAAAAGUUACUUAUUAAUUAUUACCAUUAAAUUGUAUUUAUGAAUAAA